AUGUCGAAAAUUAGAAGUUCGACAGGGUGCUGGACAUGUCGUUUGAGAAGGAAGAAAUGCGAUGAGCUGAAACCAGCUUGCUAUCGAUGCUCCAAAUUAGGACUUGAUUGCGAAGGCUACUCCGAAAGGCCAGCGUGGAUGGACAGAGGAGAACAAGAGAAACUCAAAGCAGAACAUACCAAAAGACAGGUCCAAAGAAGCUUAAGCUUCGGGAGCAAGAGACGCGCAACAGACCAAUCUUUGGAUGAAGUAGUCACUUCGGAAUCCGUGCCUACUAGCUCAUCACCAAAGUCUUUUCGACCAAACGAAGAUGGCACUAAUCUCCCUUGUCCUGAUGACACCACAAACGUUUCUGAUGAUGGGUCAGAACUCCCCUUUCGAAAUCAUGAUUUUGACUUGGAAAAAUCUUUUCGCUGUCCAGAAACUACAUUGAAGUUGCACUUGGAACCUUUACAGGUCGAUUUCGGACCUAGGUACAAUAUUCCAAAGUCGGCAUCUCACGAAGUGGAUGACGACACUUGGAAGAGAGCAAUACUCGAACAGGAGAGAUCGGGAAUAAUUACAACUGGGUCUCUAGAUUCGUAUAACCUGCCUUGGACGAACGAGCACCAAGACUCAUCAUCCUGGUCCCAGUAUCCAACCCACAGCGAAGUGUCCGCAGAAUGCUGCCAUAGCAGGUCUUCGACCAGACCUUCAACGGCAGAAGAAGCAGAUUUGCUUCUGUACUAUUUCACUGUGGUGUGCGAGAAGCAAUUUCAUUUGGAAUCAAACUCAAAGGGAUGGCUUUACUUAGCUACCACCAGAACAAAUAUAGCGUAUUGGGCAACAUUGAGCGUUGCCAGCCACCACCAAGGAUCGGACUCAACGUCUUACAACAAUCUGGCUCUUCUCGAACUUCGAGAAAAUAUGUCGCUGCUUGACUUCAAGCCAAUUAGACGAUUCGAUAUGUUCUUGGAAUGCUGCUUCGCGAUUGUGCAACUCAUGUUUCUAGAGAAGCUCAGAGGGAAUCUAGAAGCUUGCAAGAUGCACAGGUCGGCAGCUAACACCCUGUUCGCAGAUUUCCAGACGACUAAAGAUGACCUUUUGGAGUUGACCAUGAUUGCUUCUGGUACUGGCAGCAUAAAUUCAGCAAUACUCCAAUUGGUCAUUGUAAAUCUCCGCUGGUUUGAUGUUCUUCUUGGAUGCUCGGUUCGCACCCUGCCAUCAAUGUCAGUACCACUUCUGGACAUAUUAGAGAGAAAUUCGAAGAACAUAGUGAACAGAGUCCGCUGCCAAAGCCAGGUAGCAGCAAUCCUCGCACAGGUGCUAGAACUUGAUCACUGGAAAACGAUCACAUUGACAGCCGGGCGGUUGAGUGUGGUUGAAUUGGUGAAUCGAGCUGCGACAAUCGAGAAACAGAUACUGGCAGACAGCGAUGUCGAUUACACCGUAGUUGAAAUACCAGCAUCAACAAAUUUGGAGUAUAAGGGUGGAAUGAACUCUCAAAUUCUCAAGAUAUUUCGAAGCACAGCAAUCGUCUACCUUCAGGUCAUUGUUGCGGGCGCGCAUCGAGACGUUCCUGAAAUCAGCAGAUGGGUUUCUAAUACCGUGGGUCUCUUUCGAGGCUUGCCGAAAGCCGAAACAUUCCCAGAUCUUGCAUGGCCAUUUUGCGUGAUAGGAUGUCUCGCGACUGGUGAGGACAGAGUAUUCAUGGCAGAGCUGGCAGAUGAUGCCAUGCUGAAAACAAGUUGUGCGAUGAGUGUAAAAUGGUCAAGUGUCAUUAUAAAGGAAUGUUGGAGGCUUUUAGAUGAAGGGGUACUUAUAGAUCCUGACUGGACGUCAGCUAUGAAGAGCCUAGGAUGUGAAUUGAUGCUUUUGUGACGAUACCUUGAUAGCUUGACGACAUUCAUUUCGGACAUGUCAGUCCUUCUC